CCCGAGUCGGGAGACGAGCUAAGAUCUUUCGUGAGUAUUUUUACCGGCAAACAAUACACCUAAAUAACUUAUCGGAGAAGGUUAGUUGAUUACUGACAUAAAAAAAUACCCUCUUCUCAACAAUUAUGUAAUCUUUUUGGACGAAAUCAGUCUUCAUAAAACGCUUCCAUUAUGAGUGGGGCAGCGGCGUACAAGUCGAGUUACGAUGGCAAAAUCGCCGGUAUGUACGAUCUGGAAGAGACCCUUGGCCGCGGUCACUUCGCCAUCGUCAAGCUCGCUCGGCAUGUAUUCACCGGCCAGAAAGUCGCUGUCAAAGUCAUCGACAAGAACAAAUUAGAUGACAUCUCAAGGGCCCAUCUCUUCCAGGAAGUUCGGUGUAUGAAACUUGUCCAGCAUCCAAAUGUUGUCCGUCUCUACGAAGUGAUUGACACCCAAACAAAACUGUACCUUAUUCUUGAGCUUGGAGACGGUGGGGACAUGUAUGACUACAUUAUGCAGCAUGAAAAUGGGCUCACUGAAGACCUUGCUCGUGAUUAUUUUUCCCAGAUUGUUAGUGCAAUUUCUUACUGCCAUAAGUUACACGUCGUUCACCGCGACUUGAAACCAGAGAAUGUCAUAUUUUUCAAAAAGCUGGGAAUCGUUAAACUGACGGACUUUGGGUUCAGUAAUCUGUACAGACCAGGUGAGAAGUUGGAGACGUCGUGUGGAAGUCUUGCGUAUUCAGCACCCGAGAUUCUUCUUGGAGAUUCAUAUGAUGCUCCGGCAGUAGAUAUCUGGAGUCUAGGAGUUCUACUGUACAUGUUGGUAUGCGGUGAGCCGCCCUUCAACGAAACAAACGACAGCGAAACAUUAACGAUGAUAAUGGACUGUAAAUAUGGCUUGCCAGACUACAUCUCACAGGACUGUAAAACUCUUAUAGACAGUAUGCUUCAGAGGGAUCCAGAGAAGAGGCACAACUUGGAGCAGAUCUUCAACAGUCGUUGGUUGAAACAGGGCAAAGCGGCCAAGAUCAGCGAGCCGCUCAUCACCAGACAUGACAUCUCAGAGGCGGUACAUGAGAGCAUCAUGGAGAAACUGGUCUCGGGGAAUAUCGCUGAUCGGACAACCAUCAUGAAAUCAUUGGAGAGUGACAGCUACGAUCACAUCACUGCCACCUACUUUCUUCUUGCCGAGAGGAAACUCAAGAAGCAAGUGGGAGAACUCGCCCCCGAGGACAACACACUAAGGAGGCGCUCGGCCAUCCAACCCCAAAUCGCCUCAUUAGCUCUCUCUCCAAGAACAUCUCACCCAGAGCAGCUGUCCCUCGACAAACCCAUCAACAAUAACAUCGGGCACCUGUGCUCCCCGCUCAGUGGCACCACCCCCUCCAAACCCAUCACGAUACCCCUCCCACCGGUCGCAGCGGCCGCCGCCAUGGCUCGCUCCAACUCCGAGGAAGAGGUGUCCUACAGCCCACGACGACAUCGGAUGGAGAGGGAGCACCUGACUAUCCACCCACGUCAUGGACGGAACAUUGUGAAAGAAGGACUGCAGUCUCUAGAAGAAGAAGAGUUCCAGCACAUUGCCGACGAAAUGGAAGCGUCCAUGGAGCCCCUGGUCUCGCCCUCCUCAGACGGGUCUGUGGGGAACAACCGGCGACCGCAGGGGACCAGUGCCCAGCGGAGCCAAAGCACCAGGCUUAACCCAACUGUCUUGAACCAAAUAACCGAGGAAGAAGAUGAGCAGGAGACUGACGAUGAAAAGUCCGGAGGGCUGGACCGGCUCCUCAUAAACCGCCAAAUACGACACCGUAAGACUGUACCGACCAAAGACACGACCCACCAGAUCAAGAGCAGUACCAAGGUGUCCUCCCGGGGCGGGUACAGCUCCUCAGACGCCAGCGACGACGACACAGAGACCCGACGCCGAUCGGAGAAGUUUGACAUUCCACACAAGGGCCAGCGACGGGGCAGUAAGGACGGCCCGCCCAGUGGGGGGAGCAGCAGCGGGGCCGGUAACAACGCAGGCGGGUUCGGAGGUGCAGGUGGGGGCAAGAACAGCGGAUCGAACAGCUCCGGAGGUAGCAACGGGGGUGAUAAUAACAGUGGGAAUGUUGGGAACGGAGGCAACUACGAGAGGAAGAAGUCGAAUGAACUUAGAGAAAGUCUAAAGCAGAGUAAUCUUAGCGUGAACUCCUCCAAUUCGUCAAGCUCGUACAGUAUAGGAAAGUUUGCCAUUGAUCCUAACAACACCACACCCAGUGACUCCGACGAUCAGGCAUCAGACUCGGCCAAGACGUGGUCCAAAAAAGACAAUCUGAGCUGCUCGGACAGCAACCUCUACAUCAUCCCCAAAGAUUCCGACAAGAGCAACCUCCAGAACGGCUCGCCGGUCAAGAAGCAGCUCAAACGGGACAGCACCAACCUGAGCGGGAAGCAGAUGGCUGAUCUCAACAGCAAUAUGUCGACGAGGCCCAGCAAAACGCGCAACAAGGAGAUCCGGAAGAAACGCAACCGCAUCGGGAGCACCGAGGUCAGCGAGCCGCCUCUUAAACCAGGCGGGAAAUCAGAUAGUAGCUGUUGUCGGCUCAUUUGACAAUGAUGGAAAAGGUUUAAAGGGAUUAGGCAUGACUACAAAAAGAUUGCGGUGACGAGAUGUUAAGAAAGUUGUUGUUGUAGACAUUCAUAAUAUCAUGCUACAAAAAAUAAGUAGGUUUUAAACGAAAGAAAAAGGUUUUAGAGGGUUUAAACAAUGUAUAAUUUAGUUUGCCUGGCCCCUUUGAACUAACUGUACUCAUAUAUGAUGCAAAUAUAUGGAUGUAGGUUUGUUUUAGUUACGUAUAUGUAGCUGGAAUCCAGAAAUCACUUCUUCCGCUUGCCGAUAGAGAUUGUGUAACCUGUAACCUAAUCUGUAAAUCAAUGAAUGCAAUAGAUAAUGUGUGGUCAUUGUCUGUAAAAUUCACUGCAUUUUUAUAAUCGGACCACACGACUGUUCUGAAACAUAUGCCAGCUAUUUUUAUUUAUUUAUUUUUUAAACGUUUUCGUUUACAAAAUUCCCAGUUAAAAGGGAAAACCGAUGUUCUUCACAUUCAUUAAGACACCUAAAAGAAAACAUUUCUGCCAUGAAACUGUUGCUAAAUUUACAUUGAUUGAUUUGGUGUUCUCUACUGGCAUCUUAAAAGGAAACAAAUGCUCCUGAAAAUGUAUAUUUAUUUUACUUUUAUGGCUUCAAAAAGGAUUUCAACUUAGACCCCAAUCCCACUGGAUCCACAAUUGCGAGAUCAGGAUCCCGCGACAAAAUCACGGUCGCGUUCCCACUUGUGUAUGAUCCCGCAUUGAUCCCCCUUCUUGGGAACACUGUUUUGCUAGGAAAUUGCGGGGUCUGAGCACCCUUUGCGUUCCCACUAGACUUUUGAUCACCCAUUAACCCAAAAGGGCUAUUAGAUCCCGCUUUAAUCCAACUCCCAAGGAGGAUCAAAAUUGCACGGUCAGAUCCUGAUCGCCCUCGCGUCCUACUGAAGCUUGUUUCUCUUUGAUCGCCCUAACGGGGUUUUGAUCGCCCUUUUCUCGAAUUGGGAAAUCAAUGCGGGGUCCAGUGGUCACAGGGUCUUAGAGAUAACACAAACUCGAUGUUAAAAUAUGAAGGUUUGUAAAGGUGUUAUGAGCCGAACCAGUUAUUAUUUGCCCGCCACAGGAAUUGUCCUCAGACUGCAGUGGAUUCUGAAAACAAUAUAUAAGGUAUUUAGAGUGUUACUGUAAGCUUGAGUUUUUCUAGAUGCAGAAAUGAAUUUUUAAAGUGUUAGAAUGUACAGCCAAAUGAAAAAAAAAAAAAAUGUCUAUAAUGGAGGAAAAUAUUAUAUCUUGUUUUUAACUACUUGGAAGUUUUUUUUUCAUGUCCUGGAUUAUGAGGAAGGAAUACGUUGUUCUCUUGACCUAAAUUUGUUUUGAUUGGACAGGGAGUUUGCCAGUGAUUUUUCUUUAAAAUUAGCCAUAACUUGAAGCAGGAGAUCAAAUUCAUGGGGUGGAAGAUUUUUUUAUUUAAUAUUUGAACUUUACUAAAAAGUUCCUCCAUGUUUAAAACCCAUUUCUGCUGGUUCAGAUAUCGGGUUUCUAUGUGUGUGUGGUUUUUGUUUUCCAAAUUUUGUUUUCUUCAUUUUUGAUAUUCAUUGGAACAGUUUCGAGCAAGUUUGACUGCGCAUUAUUGAGGGUGGGGGCGGAGAUUGUUUACCGUAAGAAGUAAACAGACCAGGGGUCGAUUUCGCAUAAAAAAUAUUCAUCUUAAAAGCACAGCGGUCGAUUUUACAAAAAACUUAGGACUAGUCCUUGCAGAUAUUAAAAUCUUAAAGCUAGCCCUAACUCGUCCUAACUUGAGAUAAGACUAGUCGGAACCCUUUGUGAAAUCCACCCUAGGGGGGUCAACAUUCACAAAGCACUAAGAUUCAUCUUUUAAAGACGAGUUGUCAAUGUUGCCACCGUGAUUUGUAUCGUGACAUCACAAUUCGCUUAGCAAUUAAGAUGGAUUUAGACUAAGCAAUUUGUGAAAUCAAGCCCAAUUUAUCUCACGGCCUCACUUCUUAUACAUUGUAGGUUAACAAAUUUUCAAAUAAGAUACCAAAAAGAAAAGUACAUACUUUGGAGUUGCUCACUGUACAUGCAGUGAGCUGGCUCACCUUACAUAGGGUGCGUUCGUUUAGCUUCCCUGGGUCUACCUUGUGUUGCUCACUCAGGUGAGCCCCUGACAAGAGCUAA